UUCAGUAUUUCAAGACGAACUGAGAAGUUUCAUCCAUGGCAUACGCUAUAAAAUAGCAUUGUUUGGAAUCGGAAUAAUGACCAUCGUUUGAUACCCGUGUCUUAUAUUGAAUCACGGAUCAGUUCUGAGGAUGACCUAGAACUGGACUCGAAAACGCUCGGAACUUCCGUGACGUCUGCACUUUGCCACGAUGGCUGAAGCCGGUGUAAACAUUUCGUCGAGGCUGAUGGAAAGUGUAACUGAAGCCCAGAAUGAGCCUGUGCCCCAGUCUGUGGUAUCUGGGAUAGAGUUCCAGGCUUCUCAAGUAAUAGAACGUUUGGAAGAGGCAGUUGAAAAGGCAGAGGAUGGUGGUGGAGGGUCUGCAUUAGGACAGUCAUGGAAAAAUUCCCAUGCCUUCCUUCCACUUCCAGGCAAACCCACUGAGGAGAUUCUUUCACUGUUGGAGGACAUGAUAAUUCAUGAGGACUCAGGCAGUCCAACUGAUCCUCCUGAAGAAGAAGGUGUGCUUGGUCCCAGCAUUACCUCUUUACCUCAGUUGGACACUACUGCUCGCCUGGCAGUUGUUACACAUAGUGUGGCAGCGUUUUCUAGUGGUUUGGAACGUUCACAUCUGCAGCGUCUCAACACUCGCAUUACAUCAGACACCACACGAUGGCUUAGUCAUCUUUUCAGGUUUUUUGACUGUGCAGCUUUUGUCCAUGAUGACAUGCUGGAAGGGGUGGUGCGUCUGACACGGAUGAUGUUGCACUACAAAUAUCCAAAGUACCUCGAGGAUGGAUUUGAUGCCCUGACCUCACGCCCCCCUGUCAUCUACAGUAGUGUGGCCUCUCCCCUUGGUGUAGUCCAGCAUAUUUGUCGUCAGCUGGGACUCCCAAUGUAUUGUGUUCGUCCUGUGCCAUGUAAUACACUAUUUGGCUCCCAGCAAAAAAUAGAUGUGGCAGCUUUGGAGCGACUAAUUGAAGAGGAUGAAGCUAGCAACAGGAUACCUCUCAUUGUCCUUGCAGAUGCUGGUACCACAAUAGCAGGCCAUGUCGACAAUGUGUUGAGACUGCAGGAGUUAUGCAAACAGCAUGAUGUAUGGCUGCAUCUUCGUGGCCAUAGUAUUGCAGCUCUUGCCAUGGUGUCGAUUCAGAAUGUGCCAACCAGAAUUGCUGAUAGCUUCACACUACCUCUUGGCAUUUGGCUUGGUAUUCCUGCUCUGCCUGUAGUUACACUGUAUCGAUUGUUUGACAGUAGUUCUACAAGGCAAGCACGACCCAUGUCCACAGUCGGCGUGCCCAGAGAGAGCACACUGCCUCUGGUAGCUGGGCUCACAGCUGACCACUUCGCACGUCGUCUCAGCUGUCUGUCGCUAUGGGCUGCUCUUCAAUCACUGGGCAGAGAUGGCAUACAGACCAAAAUCCGUGAAGCAUUCGAAUCUAGUGAACUAAUAUGGAAAAAGAUAUCUAAGUAUACAUGUCUGAGGUUACUGAGUCAACAGCCUGGGGGAGAGACAGGAACCUUUACUGUGGCAGAGUUGGUGUCCAAACCUGUCAGCACAGCUGUGCUGCUGGAGGUGGUGGCAUGCACUGUCGUGUUUCAGUUUGUGCCAGAGGGUAGUGAUGAUGGUGGUGGUCGAGUGCCAUCAUAUUAUGACAAGCUGAAUUCUUGGCUGGGACAGAUCCUGCAGCGUGAUUCACCCCAAGUACCAUUGGAGAUUUGUGAACUUGAGAGUAAUGGUGUUGUGCUCCGCUAUUGUCCCCUAGAAAUGGGUGGAGAUAAGAUCCCAAGUACAGAGGACAUUGAGGUGUUCAUAGUCUGUCUAGAACAGCAGCUGGAAAUUCUGUCAGCUACUGUACAGCACAAAGAAACAUUUCAGCGUUUGGUGAUAGCAUCUCCUCGCUUGCGCCUGGUGGACAUGCCAGGGUGGGCAGGACUCGGUGGAGUGCGAUAUGUGCCCGAGGGAUGGGAGCAGCUCAUGACAGAUCAGGCAAAAGAGGAGCUGAACAGACUAAAUAUGCAGUUGGUAGAGCAACUUCGCAACACUGAUGCUGCUUUCUCUCUCGGGGAAGGCACAGAUGGUCUGGUAUGUGUGAGGUUUGGUAUGGUGACAGCCGACACAGAUGUCGAAGAACUGCUUGGGUUGGUCGUGACAGUGGGUCAAGAGGUGGAAGAAUCAUCACGGUUCCUUGAGACCAUGACUGAGAUUGUGAAGAAAGGCAUUGAGGCUGCAACAUUGGACUUGCAGAAGGAGAAUGAGGAGCGACUAUGGCAGGAUGGCAUCUUACGUCAUGUUCCAGUGUUUGGAUCACUUGUCAACUGGUGGUCUCCCCCUAGCAAGGAGAGUGGUAUCAAGGGUCGCAGUCUCAAUCUCACUGCGGGUGUGGUGGAAAGCACUGAGAAUAUCUACCGCUAUCACAUGCAACUGCAGCAGGGAGCCAGCAAUCCACCAGGCACAAGGAGCCCUCCACAGCCCCAAGUACAAACUCCAGUUGCACCCUCUGCAGGAGGCAAACACUCUCGGUCUUCAUCACAUAGCUCAGAGCAGUCUCAGUCCCAAACUGUACCUACUGCCACAAUGACCACCACCAGUCCAGAAGCAGUGUUGCAGUCUGUCACCUCCUAGCCCCGCCCACUCCUGCAUAGACCUGUCCAGCGACAGUAUAAUGACACAGCAGCACCUAGGCAUAGGUACAAGAUGAGAGCUAGCAGCUUGUAGAGUCUAUAUUUAUCACCUUUGCUCAGACUUCUGGGUUUUUCUGUUGUCUGGAUCUCAAGUUUUCAUCAACAGACAUAUGCAAAUAAAUUCAGAUAACUGAAGAGAUUAAGGUAGAUAAAGAACCUAUUUACAUAUAAUCCUCUUACAAGACCAAAUAUGUUUUUAAAUUAUAACAUUGCUAACAAUAUUAAAAUAUUUCCAAAUCAUGAAAUUGUUAAAUAUAUAAUUUUCAUUUUAUUUAUAAAUGAGAUGCACAUUAUUUUGUGUUCUGUCAGUUACUUUCCUAAACAAACAUCAGUUUGUUAUUACUGCUGUAACCUCUGGGCAGGGAGUCACUGCUCCAUUGAUUCUUCCUUCCUCUGUGUAUUAUAUUAUUUCUACAGUGUCUUCCCUAUCUUUGCUUUUGUGUAGCAGUCACUUUGGCUUGAUGCUCUGAAUUCAUAUACUUCUACAGAACAUGAAGUUGCUUCUUUGCUUCAUUACAUCUUCAUAAGCCAUAUGAUGUAUAGAGCUUUUCUUGAACAGCUGUUGCCAGGUGAUUAGAUCGUAGGUUUAACUUCAGAGGAUAUUGUCAUGUAACACCGUACAUGAAUUUAAUAAACACGAUCGAAUAUGUAAAUAACUAAAUAUAACAGUUAAAAAUGCAUGUAUAUUUAAAAACUCCUGGCCACAGGUGUGUCCCAUAGGUGCAGUAACAACAGAUGCUGUUCUGUACCACACUGGUACAUUGGCAGCACCAGAAGUUCUCACUGCCAAAAGGAGAAGUCAUAUUUAUCUUCACAACAAGUGAACUCUUAACAACGCUUAACAAGCAACACAAGAAUCAGAUGAAACAUUAUUGUGGGCUGUGGUUUUUUUUAUUGAUGUUUAGUUGUUUUUGAGUAUUUUGUACGGACUAACCACUCUUGACAGCCACCCUGCAUCGUCAGUGUAGAAGUGCUUCAUCAAUGCCAAAGAUGCCUAAGAAAAACAUAUGAUUCAUAUUGUAAUAACACAGGGCGAUUAUAAAUUAUUGUCAGGGUUUACGUGGCCUAUAAACAGAAUCCCCGACAAUAAUUUAGAAUCACCCCGUAUUAUAUGUACAUUUAAAUUGUAAGAGUGCAUGUAAAAUAGUUUAAAUAAAUUUAUCAAGUUUA